AUGACAGUGGAAAAGGCGGCCAUAGUUGCGCCUGUUCUAGACACGAUGGCAUCACCCAAGCCAAGGCGAAGCGCAGCAAAGAACCCCAACAACUAUCCCGCCAAAACACUGGGCAUAUUCACACUACAGAACCGGUUUCGACGAGUAUGUAUGCUGGUCAUCGACAGUCAAGGCUUUGGCCUGCUCAUUAUGCUUACGGUCUUGAUCAACACAUUCGCCAUGAGUUUUGCAAACUACAACGACCCCGCUGCAGGCACUUCAGAUGCAGACACGGACGCGUACACCAUUGAUAUGAUUGAAAGUGCCACGCUGGUGGUGUUUAUUGUUGAAGUAUGCAUGAGAGUCGUGGCGCAAGGCAUCACCGGCCGCAAUUCGUACUUUCAAGACAACUGGAACAUCUUGGACUUUAUCGUGAUAUUAUCAGGUAUUGUGAUCUGGGGCUACCACGAAACGUCAAGCUUUUCGGGGAUCCGAUGUCUACGUAUUUUGCGGCCCCUUCGUACGCUGCGGUCGUUCCCAGGACUGCGCACUCUGGUCAACUCGCUCUUGUCAGCACUGCCAGCUCUCGCCAACGUGGCCAUUCUGUUGUGCUUUUGCUACACUGUGUUUGCUAUCCUUGGGAUGGGCAUAUGGAGUGGCUUGUUGCACGGACGCUGCCGACUCACCGAGUUCCCCGUGCGGCUCAAUUUCUCGGCUGCCGAUGCCCCAUGGAACCACGCGUACCCCGACGACAAUUGGGUUCAAACGGUACUCACCAAUCCGGAACGGUUCAAGUGCCACGACUCGUGGGACGUGGAUAGUGUCUGGUCAAGUCCUCAGAGUUGCUUCUGGCCGCUUGACCCGACAGACACCGUCGGGCAGCUUUGCGGCGCGCGUUCGUGCCCAAUUGGCACCACAUGCGGCUCCAACUACGACCGCAAGGGCAACCCCCGGUUCCAGGACAUCACUGUGAACGGCAAAGUGGUGUUUUCGAUCACGACCGAGGCGGAUUUCACGGCCAAUUUGAACUUUGGCCUCACGUCGUUCGACGAUGUCGGCAGCAGCCUCGUGAUUGUGCUGCAAACGGUCACUGCGUCGGGGUGGAUGGCACUGGCGGGCAAUACCCAAGACAGCUUUUCGUGGUUUGGGGCGGGGGUGUACUUCCACCUUGUCCUGUUCAUUGGCAUGUGCUUUCUCCUGCAGAUCAACAUGGCCAUCAUGGUGUCAGCUUUCGAAGUGACCAAAGUGACGACCGCCGCCGAUAUAACCCAGCCCCCCCUCGAGGCCUCGUUUUCGACAAAGCGACGAAUGAUCUCGACACUCCCACUGGGCUUGCGCAUCAAGGCCACACAAUUCCAAGCCGACCUGUGCAACUCGCCCGUGGGACAAGCGUACCACGCGUUCCGACGGCGGCUGCUCAAGAUCCUCUCGACCAAGGGAUUCCAUCGCGUGAGCUUUUGCUUCACGCUGGUCAAUAUCGGCACGUUGGCCCUGCACCAGCACCCCAUGCCGCCGGGGUUGAGUGGCGCGUACCUUGAAAUCAUUCAGUUUGUGUGCCUUGUGUACUUUGUCGCGGAGCUCGUCAUGCAAAUGUCUGCGCACGGCCCUCGCAAAUUCCUUCAGUCGGGGCUGAACGUGUUUGACUUUGUGUCGAUUGUGAUUGGCGUCGUGGACAUUGUGAGCAACCCGCCAGCGUUCAUUGACGGCACCGUGGCCAACAGCAACCCGUUCAUUGCAUUGCGGGCGUUGCGUGCCGUGAAACUGGCGCAGUCGUGGCGGCCGCUGAAGCGACUCAUGCUGGCCAUUGGUCGCACCAUGAGCGAGUUUCUCAACUUUUUGUUCUUUCUCGUGGUGUUUGUGUACAUUUUCGCGCUGCUUGGCAUGGAGCUCUUUGCCAACAAGUUCUAUUUUGACAGCGACAACAGGCCGAUGGCCAACAACGGGACGCUGUCGCCGAUCUUCCGGCACCGGUCGCAUUUCGACACGAUCGACGCGGCGCUGUUCACGGUGUUCCAAAUUAUCACGUACGACAACUGGCCGAGCGUCAUGUACGACGGGUGGCUCGUCGUGGGGGUGGCCUCCCCCGUGUACUUCAUCAGUAUCAUCGUGCUGGGAGUUUGGAUUGUCAUGAACAUGUUCUCGGCCAUCACGGUCAACUCGGUCAUGGACGCGGUCGAGUCGGACCCGGCCACCGAGAUGAAGCGGUCGUUGUCCAAAAUGCGCUACUUGGAGCGCAGCGUGAGUCGCCUCGAGAUCGGCGUCGCGUCCAAGAAGAUACUCCCGGCCAAGCUCAAGGACGACUACGCCAUGCGCACGCAGCACCCGAUCCGGUUCGCGUGCCUCCAACUCACGAAAAGCAAGGCGUGGACGACGUUUGUCAUCUUUGUGAUCGCGACCGCGUCCAUUCUCACGGCAUUUGAAACCCCGUUGAUGGACCUCCACGUGGGCAUUGGCCAGCUCAUGGACGACUUCAAUCGCAUGUUUGCCGUGCUGUUUUCGAUCGAAAUGGCCGUGGAGUUGACCGCGAACGGCCUCGUCAAGUACGUCAAGGACCCCUGGAAGAUUUUGGACGCCUUGAUCACGGGGGUGUCGCUCAUGUCGUGGACUGGGGGCCCCCAAGGCCAAGGCCCUGGGGGGUUAAACUUUGGCGUGAUUCGGUCCUUCCGAUGCCUUCGCGCGUUGCGACCGCUGCGCGUAAUCAACCAGCUCCCGCAGCUCAAAGUCGUCGUGAACACGCUCUUCCGUUGCGUACCGGACAUCGGCAAAGCGCUGCUGUUUCUGCUGUUCAGUUUGUUCAUGUUUGGCAUCGUCAGCGUCUUGUUCUACCAAGGCGGGCUCAGCUCGUGCUCUAUCAGCCCGUACAAGUACCUUGAAAACCCCACCUAUUCGCCGCUGCCGCCGUGGUUUCCGCCGACGUACGCUGGGAACUUCUCCAUGGCCGACCUCGAGCAAUGGGACGUGAUGACCUUCCCCAAGCCUUGGAAGGACAUGGCCGACGCCACCAGAGACGUGAUGCAGACUGUGUGGACAUCCUCGUGUCCGUUUUCGGCGGCGGAGGCGGCAGACGCGACCUUUCAGCCCACGUCCAAGCAAAUGUGUUUGUGCUUUUCGCUCCAGUGGGAGCGCGUGGUGCCCCAGAGCUUUGAUAACGUCAUCGUUGCUAUGUCGUCGUUGUACGAGCUCACGACCAUGGAAGGGUGGGCGAACGUUGCGUUCGCCGCCGCCGACUGCACCGGCAUCGACAGCCAGCCACUGCCCAACUAUUCGCCCGUGAUGCUCGUGUUUUGGGUCGCGUUUAUGGUGUUCUGCGCAUUCUUCAUGACGAAUCUGUUCCUGGGCAUUCUCUGCGACAGCUUCAUCCGGGAAAAGUACGGCGGGUUCCUCACCGACGACCAGAUCAAGUGGGUCAACUUCCAGCGUAAACUCAUCGCGAUCGAGCCGCUCGAAAAGAUCCCGCGGCCCACGGCACCGCUGCGCCAGUGGGCGUUCGACCUCGUGCACUGCGAGCCGUUCGACAUUGGCAUCACCGUGGCUAUUCUGCUCAAUAUGGUGGCGCUGGCGAUUUCGUACUUUGGCCAACACCCGACGAUGGACCUCGCGCUCAACGCUAUCAACUAUGCGUUUUCGAUGGUGUUUCUCUUCGAAGCGGCGCUCAAGCUGUUCGCCGUGGGCCCGCGGCAGUACUUUAGCCGCGGGUGGGACCGAUUCGACUUUUUCAUCCUCAUGAUCACGAUCGUGUCGACGGUGCUGCCGUUUGUCGGGUCGGACAAACUCAACCUCGGCGGUGGCUCCAUGGUUGUACGCGUAUUUCGCGUCGGUCGCGCGCUGCGCCUGAUCAACAAGGCCAAGUUGAUGCGCAGUCUCUUUGACACGAUCAUCAUCGCGCUGCCGGCCGUGGGGAACGUCACGGGCUUGCUCAUGCUCAUGUACUACAUCUUCGCGGCGGUGGGGGUCCAGCUGUUUGCCAAAGUCGGGUACGGACCGAACCUGCUCAACCGCCACCAGAACUUUCGCACGUUUUGGCUCGCGCUGCAGACCCUCAUCGGGUUCUCCACGGGAGAGAACUGGGACAACUUUAUGUGGGAAUUGUAUUCCGUUACCCCAGAGUCCAAUCCAUCUUGCGUCGAUCCUGCGUUCAACAGCUCCAUGUGCGGGUUCAACGACGACCUCGAACUGUGCGAGCCACUGGAUGGCUGUGGAUCGUGGAUGAUAUUGCCCUUUAUGUACCUGUUUGAGCUCGUCGUGGGUUACAUUGGGUUGAACCUCUUCUCAGGCAUUUUGGUCGACGCGGUGGCCGACGCAGACACGGCCACGUCGGCGGUGGUGAUGGAUCUGCAAGAUUUUGCCUUAUUGUGGUCUAAUUAUGACCCGAAUGCGUCGUGCCGCAUCGAAUUGGACCAGCUUACGCUCAUUCUCAAGCAAAUGCCACCCCCUUUGGGGUAUAAAGGUCUUCCCGGAUACUCGUUUCACCGUGUACGAAAAGAACUCGGAACCACGGGACUGAUGGUGUACGACGGCAACUUUGUGCAUUUCCGCGAAGUGCCUCGGGCGCUGGCCCUUCGAACCGUCAGUCGGGGCAAUCAACACACGUUUGCUGAGCUGAAUUUGAUGCUGGAUGAUUUGGGCAUUACCAAGGAUUUCCAUCGGGCAUGGAAUCGGCGGUAUCGCAAGGGCGCCGACACCCUCGUGCGGAUGGAACCGACCGCCCCCAUCCACUUGCAUGUGGCGGGGCUCGUGAUUGCAGGAUGGCAUCGCCGGCGCAAACGGUUCCAGUCUCGGCAAGAGUCGGUGCAGGCACUGGACGCAGUAGAUCAAGUCAGGGAGGUUCUGCACGACAUGUGCAACACCAUUGCCACCGCUCCUACGACGACUACCUCGUACAAGGCGACGUAA